AUGAAUAGUUUGCAACUGCGAGCAGCUUUACAAAAUAUUCCUUGUGACACCGCCGGUGUUUACGCGGCGGAUGAAAUACCAACUGUUUGGAGUAAACCUGCAGGAAUUAUUGCUAAUACCGAUGAUCACACAAAACCCGGAACACACUGGGUCGCUAUGUACGUCGGAAGAGACGGCGUUGGCCACUAUUUCGACAGCUACGGAUUACCACCCAUCAUCCCUCAGCAUCUCAAACGGCUUAGAAGAAACUGCAAAAUCUUAUUCUACAACCCUCAACAAUUUCAAAGUAAUACCUCUGACGUGUGUGGACAAUUUUGUGUUAUGUUUGUGCAUCUUAUGUGUACUGGUUUUGGUAUGCAUCGAUUUCGUGAUAUCUUUUCGAACGAUUUAUCACGAAAUGAUAAAAUAGUUCGCAAUUAUUAUAACACGUAUAUGACACACCAACAAUCUUAUAUUUCAAAUAAAAAUCAAUUUAUAGGUCGUGGUAUGUCUCAUUCAGGUUGUGCGUCACAAACACAAAGUUGUUAUUCGCGAAAAUAAUAAUAUAUCUUAUAUUAACCACAACUAUGUAACCAAUAAAUA